ACGAUAUGGAGGCCUGGGGCGGCACCGAUCGCCACCACUUCGACGCCAAGAUCUCGAUGCAAGAUCUAGCAGAAUACUAUAUGCCUCCGUUCCAGCAAUGUGCACGGGACUCAAAAGUCGGAUCAUUCAUGUGUUCUUACAAUGCUGUCAACGGCGUCCCCACAUGUGCCGAUACAUACGUUCUCCAGACCAUUUUGCGCGACCACUGGAAUUGGACGGAGAGCAACAACUACAUCACCAGCGACUGCGAGGCCGUCGCCGAUAUCUCUGAGAACCACAACUACACCAAAACGCUUGCUGAGGGCACUGCAGUGGCAUUCAACGCUGGCAUGGAUAACAGCUGCGAGUACUCAGGAUCUUCCGAUAUUCCUGGAGCUUGGAGUCAAGGACUCAUGAAUAUCUCCACUGUAGACAGAGCUCUUACGCGUCAAUAUGAAGGGCUCGUCCGCGCCGGGUACUUUGAUGGUGCUGGAGCUGUAUACGCAGACCUAGGCAUCAACGAUGUCAACACGCCGGAAGCACAGCGACUCUCUUUGCAGGUUGCAUCCGAAGGCCUGGUUAUGCUCAAGAACGAUGAUACGCUUCCACUCCCGCUUUCCAAUGGAACCAAUGUCGCUAUGAUCGGGUUCUGGGCUAACGACUCUUCGAAGCUGUCUGGUAUCUACAGCGGCCCUGCUCCUUACCUGCGUACGCCAGUAUGGGCUGGUACGCAGCUUGGCCUGAAAAUGUCCAUUGCCACAGGUCCUGUCUUGCAAAACUCCAGCGCUCGGGAUAACUGGACGACGAAUGCGCUCAACGCAGCGCAAGGCUCCGAUUACAUCAUCUACUUCGGUGGGCUAGAUACUUCAGCAGCGGCAGAGGGCUUCGACCGUACGAGCAUCAGCUGGCCCAGCGCACAAGUCGAACUCAUCACCAAGUUGGCUAAGAUCGGCAAGCCUCUUGUCGUCGUUGUGCUGGGAGACAUGGUCGACAACUCGCCCCUCCUGUCCAUGGAAGGUGUCAACUCAGUAAUCUGGGCCAACUGGCCGGGUCAAGACGGUGGUUCAGCAGUCAUGCAAGUCAUCUCUGGUGCGCAUGCAGUCGCGGGCCGUCUACCAAUCACGCAAUAUCCUGCGAGCUACACGGAACUCUCCAUGUUGGACAUGAACCUGCGCCCAGACGCCGACAGCCCCGGUCGAACCUACCGCUGGUACAACGAGUCCGUACAGCCGUUUGGCUUUGGCUUGCACUACACCACUUUUGCAGCGAACUUCAGCAGUAGCCAAGGCCUUACCUACAACAUCCAGGAACUGAUGAGUAACUGCACGCAAAAAUACUCAGAUCUAUGCGACGUUCCUCCACUAGAAGUUACGGUUACAAACAAGGGUAACCGAACCUCUGACUUCGUCGCUCUAACGUUCAUCAAGGGUGAAGCUGGGCCGAAGCCCUACCCACUCAAGACUCUGGUUUCUUACGCACGAAUGAGAGACAUCUCUGGUGGUCAGACGAAGAUGGCGUCACUCGCCCUCACGCUCGGAACGUUGGCGCGAGUCGACCAGAUGGGUAACACAGUUGUGUAUCCGGGAGAGUAUACGUUGCUGCUUGAUGAGCCCACGCAGGCAGAGAUCAAACUGACGAUUACGGGUGAGGAGACAGUGCUGGACAAGUGGCCGCAGCCGCCAUCGGCUAGUUAAAUCACUCUGGGCAGCUCUCGAUAGCAGAAGCUUAUAC